UGGAUUACUUGCUGACAGAGUGACAGUUACUGUUUAACCAAACUAAAUGAUUGGAUGAAUUAUAAGCUUUUAAUUUCUGAAAAUUUUAAAACAAUACAGAAGCUUACUUGCUCCUCUUCUCAUUUCAUCAUAGUCCAGAUUACAGCUUCAAGUUUUAAUUAAAAUGGCAACCACUUCACAAGUUAUUACCUGCAAAGGAGUAGUGUGCUGGGUUGGUGGAGAGCCUGUAAGAUUAGAAGAGAUUCAAGUUGAUCCACCAAAAUCAACUGAAAUUCGAGUUAAGAUGCUUUGUUCCAGCAUCUGCCACACUGAUAUCAAAAGAAUUAGAGGAUCCCCAGUAGUGAAGUAUCCUCUUGCUGUUGGACAUGAAGGAGUCGGUGUGGUAGAGAGUGUUGGAGAGGAAGUGAAAAAUCUAAAAGAAGGGGAUAUGGUGAUUCCAACCUUCAUAGGAGAGUGCAAACAAUGUGAGAUUUGCAUUUCAGGAAAAUCCAAUUUGUGCAUGACAAACCCUUUAAUGCUGAAUGGAUUGAUGAGAGACAACACUUCAAGGUUGUCCUGCAAAGGCAAAAGGCUUCACCAUAUUUUCAGUUGUGCCACUUGGUCAGAGUACAUGGUUGUUGAUGCCAACUAUGCUCUUAAAGUUGAUCCAAGCAUUGACCUAGCACAUGCCAGUUUCAUCUCAUGUGGCUUUUCAACUGGUUAUGGUGCUGCUUGGAAGGAAGCUAAGGUUGAAAGUGGAUCAAGUGUUGCUGUUUUUGGUCUUGGCGCUGUUGGAUUGGGGGCCAUCAGCGGAGCAAAAAUGAUGGGAGCAACUAAGAUAAUAGGGAUUGACAAAAAUGAUAUGAAAAGAGAAAAAGGAGAAAUUUUUGGAAUGACUCACUUUAUAAAUCCUAGUGAUUCUGAUAUGCCUGCAUCAGAAUUGGUGAAAGAAUUGAGUGAUGGAAGAAUGGGUGUGGAUUAUUCUUUUGAGUGCACUGGAAUCAGCCAUUUGAUUGUUGAAUCCCUACAAGCCACAAAAGUGGGAACAGGUAAAACAAUUGUAAUUGGUGCACCAACUGAACCAAUUGAGCCAUAUGGUUUUGCUUCAAUCCUUAAAGGCAAGACUUUGAAAGGUUCUAUCUUUGGAGGGUUAAAAGCAAAUUCAGACCUUUCCAUUAUAGCUGACAAAUGCCACAAAAGGGAAUUUCCUCUUGAAGAAUUAUACACUCAUGAGGUUCAAUUGGCAGAUAUAAAUCAAGCAUUUGAGCUUUUGAAACAGCCCAAUUGUGUGAAAGUUGUCAUCAAGAUAUGAGGGAUAUUAUUGUUCUAAGUAACUUCUAAUAGUUGAGUCAAAGUUAUAAAACCAAUUCUUUCUGUAUUUUUGCUUUUCUCUCUUUGUUAACCUGAUGAAAAAGAAUUAUAUAAUUUAUAUUUGAGUGCAAAACAGGAAUCAAUGUCCAAAAUAUAUAUUUUUUUAAA